AUGGGCGAGAUCAAAGCCAGACGCAUAUUCCUCCUCUCCAUCAUCUUGAUCUUCUUCUUCUCUCAAACCCUUAUUCUGUGUUCAGCUAACGAUCAUCAUGGCUCAAGGAAUCUUGCAGUGGUCAUGAGGAAAAAGGUGAAAGUCAGAGGACCUCGAAACACGACGUCGUCCGCAGCUUCAACUAUGAUGUUGCCAAGUUCUUUCCAUGUGGGUGCUGCUUCCUCUUUCCUCCUCGCUCUUCUUUUGUAA